UGAGGUCUUUUAACCGCGAGUCGAUGGCAUCUUUCACUAACUCAACGACGGUCUUACAGAAGACUCAAAUAUUUUUCGAGCAGGCGUUUCGCGGAUCCAUCGUUAUUCUUGGGGACUUGCAAAAAGCCCAGUUGCGAACGUCGUCGUGUAGCGUCUUAGAAGAGCCACUCCUCCGAUCGGAACCCCGCAGUAGAGUCGAGCCUUGGUUUUCCGAGCCUUUUCGAAAAAAGCUGGGAAUUUCACGCCGUAUUUUUUCCGUCAACGAAACGCCGCGUGUGUCGUAGUGUGCGUGUGUGUGUUUCUGUGUGCCCGCCCAUCUGUGCAUGUGUGAGAGCGCAACUGUGUGUGUGAAUUUUGGUGAGAGCCGCAACAACAACCGAAAAGAAAACCAAAAUCGACAAAUGCGGUCAAAUUGAAAAGAAAAACAAAAAAUCAAAGAGUAAUUCUUGCGCAAAGCCAAAAGGCAAAUUGAAAAAAGAGCACAAAGCCAAAAAAAACGCAGAUUUUCCAACGAAAAAGCCGGAAAAUUGCCCACUAGGCGUGUCGCUGCUGCUUCUUCUUUCAAAUUGUUUAUGCUGCAAUUGCCUUGGUGUGCGAAAGGAGUGGUAGAGAGAGAAGGGAAAGCGCCUUAUCAACGACCGCUUUCUUAUCAGAACCCGCACAUUUGUUGCGAAAAUUCCAACCAGCCGAAACUCACUGCGGAGCUUUAAAUAGAACAUCAAACAAACAGUUGCCCAAUCAGCAAGCAGAUAUCAGCAAAUCGGUCAAUUCCAUUUUGAGAAGCCAAAGAUUGAGGAAAUCCAUUGGCCGACGGUUUUACAGCAUUCAAUCAAGCGCAAAUUGGCUCAACUUGCAAAAAGGGCACAUUUUCGGGCUUGCAAAUUCCAAUCUUGAAACUAAAUGACGCCUGUGUCUGAAACCGAAACCGAAACGCUGCUGCCAAAUACCGCAACGCUGGACGCCAGACGACGGCCACAAAUUAGCCAGCCAGCCGUAGAUUUGCAAGUCUAAGGAGUCGCCAGCCCACCAGAACGCAGAAAGGGAUCCCUGUUCAAAGGAGCCAACGAAGGCCUGUCUGAAACACAGGAGAAACAUCAAAGGGAGCACCAGCCAGUGUUACUGCGACUGCGACUAUUUUUCGGGAGCGCCAAAGGAUUCAUUAAAAAACCGCCAACCUGGAACUAAUGGAAUUAGAGAAUAUUGUGGCCAAUACGGUCUACUUGAAAGCGAGAGAAGGUGGUUCCGACAGCAACAAGGGAAAGAGCAAAAAAUGGCGCAAAAUAUUGCAAUUCCCACACAUAUCGCAAUGCAUCAACCUGAAAGACAAAUUAGAUAUAAGCUAUGGCUACGUGAUAGAUCAGCAACCCAUUGGUCGUGAGCUCUUCCGUCUGUUUUGCGAGAACAAACGGCCCGUCUACUUUCGCUAUAUCACCUUCCUGGACGAGGUGGUCAAAUACGAGAUCGAGUACAUCUCGAACCGCAUAUUCAUUGGCCAUGACAUCGGCCGCCGCUUCUUGGAUGUCGAGGCACAGCUGGAGCUGCGCAACGGCAGCGGAGGCGACGCCUUGGACGCCGAGACGCAGGAGGAGCUGCUGCUCAACAGCAGCAAUGCCAAUCCAACUGAAACAGCUGAGACUGAACACUGCAACAAUACCACCGCCAACAACUGCAACAACAUCAACAACAGCAACAACAGCAACAACUCGCAGCACAGCAGCGACAUCAAUCACAAGAAGCUGGACACGCGCAAUCACAACGGCGACGACGCCACUGGGAACGGGAGCAGCCACCAGGACGACGGGGACGAGAGCGUCAAGUGCCAGGACAGCCAUGAUGAUGCGGAAAAGGGCGGUGGCGGAGAGGGAGGCGGCGGCGGCGGAAAGAGUAUCCAUGUGGGCGGGUAUCCGGACGAGCUCGUGUUGGACGUGCUCAACGAUGAUCUCAUUGCGCAAGUGCGUAACAAACUCAACAGCGGCGGCAAGGACAUCUUUGCCCAGUGUGUGAACGCGGUUAAGGCGUUCCUGGCCGGCGAGCCGUUCCGGGAGUUUGAGAGCUCUAUGUACUUUCAUCGAUACUUGCAGUGGAAGUGGCUGGAGGCGCAGCCAAUCACCUAUAAAACGUUUCGCAUGUACCGGGUGCUGGGAAAGGGUGGCUUUGGCGAGGUGUGCGCCUGUCAGGUGCGGGCCACUGGGAAAAUGUACGCGUGCAAAAAGCUGGAGAAAAAGCGCAUCAAGAAGCGCAAGGGCGAGUCGAUGGUGUUAAUCGAGAAGCAGAUACUGCAGAAAAUCAACUCGCCAUUCGUGGUCAAUCUGGCCUACGCGUACGAGACAAAGGAUGCCCUCUGCCUGGUGCUGACCAUAAUGAAUGGCGGCGAUUUGAAAUUCCACAUUUACAACAUGGGCGGCGAGCCCGGCUUCGAACUGGAGCGUGCCCGCUUCUACGCUGCCGAGGUGGCCUGUGGACUGCAGCACCUGCACAAGCAGGGCAUCGUCUACCGGGACUGCAAGCCGGAAAACAUCCUCCUUGACGAUCACGGCCAUGUGCGCAUUUCCGACCUGGGACUGGCCGUCGAGAUACCGGAGGGCGAGAUGGUGCGCGGCCGGGUGGGCACGGUGGGCUACAUGGCCCCCGAGGUCAUCGACAAUGAGAAGUACGCCUUCUCCCCGGACUGGUUCAGCUUCGGCUGCCUGCUGUACGAGAUGAUCGAGGGCCAAGCGCCGUUCCGGAUGCGCAAGGAGAAGGUCAAGCGCGAGGAGGUGGACAGGCGCGUUAAGGAGGACCCCGAAAAGUAUUCAAGCAAGUUUAAUGAUGAAGCCAAAUCAAUGUGCCAACAGCUGUUAGCUAAAUCGAUAAAGCAGCGCCUGGGCUGCCGCAACGGACGCAUGGGCGGACAGGAUGUGAUGGCCCACCCGUUUUUCCACUCCACCCAGCUCAAUUGGCGUCGCCUGGAGGCUGGCAUGCUGGACCCACCCUUUGUGCCAGACCCGCACGCCGUUUACGCCAAAGAUGUGCUCGAUAUUGAACAGUUCUCUACGGUUAAGGGCGUCAAUAUCGACGAAUCCGACACAAAUUUCUAUACGAAAUUCAACACAGGCUCCGUGUCCAUUUCCUGGCAGAACGAGAUGAUGGAGACCGAGUGCUUUCGGGAACUGAAUGUCUUUGGACCCGAGGAGUGUCCCACGCCAGACUUGCAGAUCAAUGCAGCGCCCGAGCCAGACAAGGCGGGAUGUUUCCCCUUUCGCCGGAAGAAGAAGCAGCCGGCCCGCACACAGCCCAUACCCAUUCCUGAGCAUCUGUUAACCACUAGUCACAGCGUGUCCUCCACGACGGUCGAGAGCUGAUAGCAGAGAUCAGUGAAGGAUGCCUAUAAGCGGACGCCUGACGUAGACGUCGACACAUAGCACAAAUUGCGCACAGAUACCCCGGAUCGGAAGAGUUCAGCAGGAGCAUAAUAACUUUAAAGCACAACCUAAUUAUAAAACCGGAACCUACAUCGGUUUCUCCUUCAGUUGACGCGCAAGAAGCAUUUUUAAAUUGUACUUUUACAUCAAAUUUACAUCUAAUGAACGUUCAAGCUGAUUUUGACACACGAUAUACAUAUAUUUAUAAAUGUUUCAAAAAGACUCCUAACCGAAACACAACAAACACACACACAUUGAGCACACAUUAGAGAGUUAAUUAAUUGUAAUAGUGGUAACAUGAAUACCACUCACUAUACCACUUUGAGAGCUAAGGCCGUCAGUUUGUCACAGCACCCAAAAAUAAUGUUACUUAAAUACGAGCGCUAUUCAAUAUAUAAGUGAUCAUCUAUAACACGCAUCAUCCGCAUCACCAGGAGCGGAACAACAGCGGAUGGGCAGGAGCAGCACUAUGUGGACGGCUGAGUAAUAUGUAAUUUUUGUAUAGUAGUUUGUGAUCAACGGGACGGGACAGCGUUGGACGAUAGAUGUUCUAGUUAGCAUUUGUAAGUUAAGAAAAUGACAUGAAUACUCGAACACUUGAAUGCAUUUUUAACAAAUACUUAACACAUGCUACUACGUUGUACAUGCAUAGAUCGAUACAAGCGUGCAACCUAAUCAGAUUGUAAAUGUAAAAUCUUUAAUUAUUUAUACGACUCCUAAGUUUUAUUGCCGCACUCUUUUGCUAAGCUUUCAUAUCGUUCUUUUACUUUUUCUGUUGCCUAAGUUUAAGUUUGCCGAAGGUUCCCAUGGAAGAACGUUAUUACUGAUAUUUGUUUCGUUUUGCAAUUGAAUGAACAGCAAGUUAUGCUAACUUAUUAGCAUUCAUUGAGAUAUCGAUGUCAGCUAGCGUCUAAGUUUUGUGUAAUAGUAGCGUAGGCAUUUUGUAAUUAGCAAUUAGCAACAAAGAAAGAAACAAAAACAAGAGUAAACCAAUUGGAGAAUUUAUUAUGUUAGUAUGAAAAUUAAAUAUGAUUAUUGAACCGGUUGGCAGCAUGGAACGUGCCAGCUUAGUGCGUCUUAGUUUCAAUUCACUUGAUUUAGGCACAACUAGUAAAUUGUAAGGCAUAUAAUGAACAACUACUACCAGCACAACCAACCAGCAUACAAAACAACAAACGCCAUCAGCAUCAGCCCCAAAUCCAAUUUAGCACUACAACUACAUAAAGUAAACCAAACUGAGCAAGCGCCGAAAUAUUUAUCUUUAGCAAUUAAA